GACAGUCAGUUGACACAAAUCACUUUAAACCGUCACAACAACAACAACCAAAAAAAGGGAAAAGGAAUCGAAAAGUCUUUUUCGAACUGGACAGUUUCAGUCUACAUCGACGAGAUUUUGCAUAUGGAGGCCUCCUCGUUGAAUUCUUUAGACAUAUCGACCAUCUCGAAAGAGGUGGAACAAAUGUCAUUGACUCACCGUGUUGUCCGCCACAACAAGAGAUUACGAGAGUCUAGAUAUUCUCCUUACGUUAAAGGGACUGCUUUCACCAAGAUGGAGGAGAAGCAGAAAGAGGAGGCUGUGCAACUAGGUGUUGAGCUCUCGCUCUUUGUGGCUGAAGCAAUGUUCCUAUUAUCCGAUGACAUACGUUCUGUGUCGCUGUUCUGUUUUUGGAUAUUGAGGCGUGCAGGAAACGGAGAUUAUCGUGGUCCUGCGGUAGGAAGGGUGUCUCGUGUUAUACAAUAUGUGUUUGCAACUUAUAUCAAACCCAAAAAAAGAGUCUAUCAUGAUGGUGGCAAAUCCAUUCAAUGUCAACUGAUAGGAACGUUUCAAAAGAAUUUUAUUUUUGGAAUGAGAGGUUUGGCUCACAUUGUUUCCAUUCUCAAAAUUGGUGGCCUAGUGAAACCGUCUGUUUUGGAACACUACAACCAAGAGCUGAAGAAGCUAGAGGAGAAUUUGAGGUCUGUCAGGGAUGUUUCAGAGGCGAAUGGGUUUUCGAGGGAAUUGAUAGAGUUUAACAUUCUUCACUUGUGGAAGUCUCUCUUUGAAACAACGCCCUUAAAGAUGAGCCCUGAUAAGACUAUAAUGAUCGAGCUGUUUGGGGGUCUCCUGAACGAAGCAAGCCGGAAUAUUUGCUCUCGUCGUCUAGCUUCUUUAGUCAUAUGAAUCAGAGUUUCUUAGCGCUUCUUAUCUUAUUGCAGAUUGUUAUAAACUUAUAGUUAUUCGGCUUCUAUUUAUGAAAUCAUAACGAUCCAUUGGAUUCUCUAAAUAAAUGUGAGACAAAAGUUGUAAGUAGAUAA